CAAAAUACUAUAUUUUUUAUAUGAUGCAGUCCUAGUCUUGUGCCUCAUUUUAAAUGCACCGUAUGUCAAUUCUACCACCAGGGGGCUGCCAAUCAAAACGAUAACAAAAGAUGAUGUCGAGGCUGUCAGGGAGUCAUGGGAGUGAUUCUGUCUUUCCAACUUUCACAAUUAUUUACCCAAAGUGUCUCGAAAGCAGUGUUGGGUUUCUAAAAGGAUUUGUUUGCUUUGAUAACACAGCUAUUAUAGGAGCUAGCUGGAGGCUGUCUUUAGUAAGACUCACUCCAUAUCUGCUUGAAAUUCACUCUAAAACCAUUUAAAAAAAGUAAAUUCCAUUCAUGAAACAUUGUAGUUGAUAUGCAUGGCUUGCUCAUCUGAUCAAAUCUUUUGAAGUACUUUCCAGGCCCUAUUUUGUAGUGUCAUCAUCGCACAUUUCCAGUACAAAUGUUUAUUUUAAAAUGAUGCAUUUGCUGUAAUGAGUCUAAUAGAUGAAUCCCUUUGUAUCUCUUAUCCCUUCCUGUGUCCCUCUAACUAAUCCAAAAGCCUGUACUUUGUUGUUUUCUGUCUUUAUUUCCUGCAACGGAUCAAAGAUGAUGUCUAAGAAGACCUCCCAUUGCUCUGCAUCGGAUCAGUCGGAGCGCGAUCAGCCUCCCAGCCAUUGUCAGGUGGACAGAUCAGCGAAUUCGGCACCGGGGUUUAAGAUCAAGACCGAGUCGGGUCAAAGAAACGGAGAGUCUUCAUCCCCAGAGAGCAGCAGCUUGAACGGAGAUGGAAAGCGCAGUGGGAAAAGCCGCCAGCGCCGCAAGAAACGCUCAUCCAAUUCUGCUAGUCGCCCUGAGGAGAAGGUCGCAAGUAACACCAAGGAGGGAGAGAAGUCAGACACAAAGACCAGUCAGCCUUCAAACCCCCACUCUGGACUGAUCGGCCUCCAGUCUGAGUGCGCUAACAUCUGGUUUGAGCGCAGCAUGUACGAGCAAGCUGAGAGCCUCUACCAGUGCUGGUUGGCGAGCUCUUCAAAAGGGACCACCCAGUCAAACCGUUCGACCCCGGUCCAACGAAAGAAAAACUCAAACUCUCCAUCCACCUCUGCUCCGUCUUCCUCAGGACUGUUGUGUCACCAUGGCGAUCAGAUGGCCUGCCACCAUGUCGUCCAGAACGUGUGGGUGAACAAAACAAGCUUUGACCAAGCGGAACAACGCUUUGUUGAAGGAACCGCACAGCCAUCCAUUCCCAACUCGCUGAACAUCCCUUCUCCACCCAACCGUUCCAUCACAACCAGAACACCUGAUGAAGGAUAUCAAUCUUUAGCCCCGACCCCUUCAACCCCUGUCGUCCAACAAGCAGUGGUGACGCCAACAAACAGGCAGUCAAUUAACGGACUUCCUCGCAUCCCCAUCGAGCUGCUGAGGGACGUCUGGCUGGAGAAACCGCUGUACGACCGCGCCGAAGCAGCCUUCUACCAGAAUCUGUACGGGAACAACUCCUCCAAACGUUCAAGCUCUGCAUCCACCUCCAGAAGUAGUGACCACCCUCAAAGCCUUGUAGAAGAAGAAGAAGAGGAAGAGGAGGAGCAAGAAGUUGUGGUGGUGGAGGAGAAGAGGGCGGUUAUGCAGGGGAAAGCCGACGUGUUCCAUGCUCUGCUCCCGAUUCAGGAAGAAGAGGAGCCAGCAGAGGUCUCAGAGAAAGAAGAGGAGUCGGGGGAAGGCGUUUGCCACUUCCUUCACCCAGACAGCGAGCGGGUGUGGCUGGAUAAGUGGCGUUAUGAUGCCGCAGAGAGUCGUUUCCACGGCUGCAAUGGAAGUGAGGCUGUGGGGGUGAAGAAAGGUCGGAGGCCGGAAGCAGCGUCCGUUGCCUCCAUCACCCCACUGAGGGACAACACCAUGUCUUCUACCGACUUUCUGGCCCAAGAGAAGAUCUGGUUCGACAAACCUCGCUACGACGAGGCGGAGAGACGCUUCUAUGAGCAGGUGAACGGCACCCCACAACCAACACAGGAUGCUGGAGCCAACAGCAUUCUGCAAGACAUUGCUCGAGCCCGGGAGAACAUCCAGAAAUCUCUAGCAGGACAGCAGCAGAGCAGCAGUGCAGCUGAUCAAGGAGAGCUGGUCUGUCGAAUUAAGAGCCUGGAGCUGGAGAAACACAGCUUACAAAAAGUGGUGGAAGACUUGAGGGCCGCUCUUUCCAAACUGGAGUGUCGGGUAUCUGUUCUGGAGAAUUCUCCUGCUGCGGUGACCUCAGCUCCCGCUCCUUCAGUCCCCUACACAAAUGGCACAGCCGUCCAGCAGAAGACCAGCGCGCCGGUUAAAAAAGUGGAGGAAGAAGAAGAAGAGGAUGAUGAUGACGAUAUUGACCUGUUUGGAAGCGAUGAAGACGAAGAGGCAGAGAAAAUCAAAGAGCAGCGGUUGAAAGAGUACGCCGAGAGGAAGGCCAAGAAGCCCAGCAUCAUCGCCAAGUCCUCCAUCUUAUUGGACGUUAAACCUUGGGACGAUGAAACCGACAUGGCAAAGCUGGAGGAAUGCGUGCGCUCCAUCAAAGCCGACGGCCUGUUAUGGGGAAUGUCCAAGCUGGUCCCGGUGGGUUACGGCAUCAAGAAGCUCCAGAUAGCGUGUGUGGUGGAGGACGACAAGGUGGGAACAGACAUCUUGGAGGAGGAAAUCACCAAGUUUGAAGACUAUAUCCAGAGUGUCGACGUAGCAGCUUUCAACAAAAUCUGAUUCCAUCACGUCUCUUUCUGUCUUUUUGUCAUGCCUUGUUUCUCUGCUGAUUGUGUUGACGGUUAAAAACAAUAAAAAUCCAACUCUUGCACUGAA